UAUAAAAUGAUUCGAUGGAGAGUUAUACUAGGACAGUGUGUUUAUGUCGGACUGCCGACAAGUGCUUGCGCUGCCCCUCCUCAUGCUAGUUGUUCCAGGCUGCUCUUGUUAGCUGUAUAUUCUUGCUUCUUGAAAUUGUACGCGCUCCGUUGUUUUGUGGACUUUAUCCAAGUUCGUAUUCAUCGAGAUGGCUACGUUGUCGAGAUCAUGUCAGCUUCUUGUAGCAGCGGUCCUCAUCGUCGCCACGUUCGUCAGCAUCGUGGAAAGCUCGAGGAACACUCGCCCCUACGCCAGGCCACGGGGAAGCAGUCGACACCUCGGGAAUCUUCGAUAUGGGACGGAAGGUCGCCGAAGGUCUCAGGACCCGUUCAGAACUCCAGGCUUCAUCCCCAACCCAGCACCUGAGCUACCAUCAGCCACACGAGUCAAGAACGCAGGAAACUGGUUCCAGAACUUCAUCGCCAGCAAACAUGCCAGCAACAACCCGCCCAACUCAGGCCCAGAGCAUUCAACCGACCAUGGUGCUGGUGACCAGGAAAAGGUGGUCGUACGUCCACCUAUCAUCAAAUCAGGAUCCGUUGUCACUAGCCCAACCAUCACCAUGAUUUUCCUUGAGACCAUUGAUGCCAGGAAGAGGAAUUCAUCAAGAUUUCAACAACCCACACAACCUGAGAGAUCUCAAGAGGAGGAGGAGGCAGUGACUGACGAAGCUACCACACUCCCAAGUAACCCGAGACCAAGUAGAAGAGCAUUCACUGCUGAUGAACUCCGUAUUCAGUGCGGAGGACCGAACGAAGCAGGCCUUACCGAUGAAUGCUACCGAUUCGAACUGCCCGCCGAUCUUAACAACAACGCCGUCGUUAUCAGCGGUGCGGUCGUCCUCUUGCCGGCGGGAAACCGUUUCCCUGCUCCCCGUCAGAGAACCGUCCAUCACAACGUCACUAUCGUAGCUAAAUUCCCGACAUCAGGAGAAUAUGCCUACAGAGAGAGUAUUUCUGUCCAGAACAUCUCCUACGACAUACCUUGGAAAUGGAAGAGUGCUUCCCUCCCACAAGGCUCUUCCCUCGUUUCUCGCGCACUCCAAGAAGACAACACACUCCUUCUCAAACUCUCCGUCAUCAGCAAUGACAACGGACAACCAACCACCAGUAAUUUCAUCCCAAUGGAGUCCAACAUGCUUCCCGUGCUGGUGGUCGACAUCGAAUUCAAUGGGACGGAUUCGUCAACGACCUCAUCGACGACGACGACAGCGACAUUGCGUACCACACAGGCCAACGUGCUGGAAAGACAAUUACGGAAGCGAAGGACAGUACUGCGCGCCACAGAAGACACUCCACCAAACAACACAGUGACAUGCUCCGGGUAUCCGGGAUGCUGUCGUCGGACGAUGGAUGUUUCAUUCUCCGAUCUGGGUUGGAGUUGGAUGGUUGCACCUCGAAGACUUACAACGAGUGUUUGCAUCGGAUCGUGUCUCGCACCAAACAUGACCUUCGAAAGCUUUAUGGUCAAUCUUAUGCAGGGCCAUGGGCGUCCAUCGUCAAGAGAUGAGCGCAGAUGCCGUCCGUCGCGCACCGACCAUUUCGACGCGCUCGUGAUCAACGAAGAUGGCGACAUCCAAAUGAUGAGAUUGCCCGACUUCAUUGUCCGCGAAUGCGCAUGUGCUGAAAAUCAGAGGGAGACCAAGGUACCCCCUGUAGCGCCGACUGAGGGUAAGCACGUGUAGGACUCCUUUAAGAUGCGCACGUCCAGAUAAACGGGUAUUUUUAUAAUUCAUAAUCUCAUUUUGAUAGCCACCCACUGUAAAGAAAAACAAAAGCAGGGGUGAUUA